ACCGAGUGGCCUUACCUAUGGAUCUCCCCGCUCUGUUUCGUGCUGCUGCUCCUCCCAACAUUCCCCCACUUCACUCCGCUCCACCCCCAAGGGGUAAUUACAUCAUUGAGAAAGACAAUAAUAUUGCCAUUGAAGGUAGGAAUUUGAACUUCUCAAUCAAAACAAGGAAAGGGGAUUUAGUUCCCAUUCUUAAGGACUGUUCUCUUAGGAUUCCAUCUGGGCAGCUUUGGAUGCUUCUUGGACCGAAUGGGUGUGGAAAAUCUACCCUUUUGAAGAUUCUGGCUGGUCUUUUGAACCCAACUAGUGGAACCUUGUAUCUGAAAAGGCCUAAGAGCUUUGUUUUUCAGAAUCCAGACCAUCAGGUUGUGAUGCCUACAGUCGAAGCAGAUGUAUCAUUUGGCCUUGGGAAGUUGAACCUGACUGAGGAUGAAGUUAAGUGCACGGUGUCAAAAGCUUUGGAUGCUGUGGGAAUGUCUGCCUACAUGCAAAGGCCAGUUCAAACUCUCAGCGGUGGUCAGAAACAAAGGGUUGCGAUUGCUGGUGCUCUAGCUGAAGCAUGUAAAGUGCUCUUAUUGGAUGAGCUAACAACAUUCUUAGAUGAAACUGAUCAGGCGAGGACCUUAUUAGUACUAGUAGUAAUGGAGGAUUUGACUGAACAUUCCCAGUGAUGAGGACUGAUGCUU